AUGAAGGUCGAUAAUGACGGAAAUUUGAAAAGAUGUCGGGAUGAAAUAGCAGAGCAUGCAGAUAUAUGUUGUGACAUAUGGGUGGGAGCACUUCAAUCUCAAAAUACGGAUAGUGAAAAGAACAUUCCCGAAGAAAAUCCUUAUGUGGUGAUAAACCAAGAUAACACUACAAAUGUGAAAGAUAAGUUAUUGGAUAUUAAAGCUGUAACAUUGUCACCAAAGGCAGUAAGAUUAAAUGUUCAGAAAAAUAUAUGGUGUGACUUCAUUGAGUAUAGAUCAAGUGGUAAAGUGUCACCAACUGACAGUGUAAAGAUAGUGUUUGUUGGAGAGUGUGCAAUUGAUGACGGGGGGCCAAAGAGAGAGUUUUUUUCAGAAAUGUUGGAGCAUAUGGAAAGAAGACUGUUCUAUAAUGGAAAACCUAUUAAUUCAACUGUCGCCAUCAUGAAUGGAGAUUUUCGUUUUGCUGGCGAGGUCAUGGUGAUGUCAUUACUUCAAGGCGGACCAGCUUCAUCUUUUAUAAGUCCAGAUGUUUACAAGUACAUCACCAAACAGGCACUCACAACAGAAGGAAUGCCCGACUCCAAGUACAAAAAAGCUGUUAAAAAGAUAAAGCAAGCUUGUGACGAUGAAAUGUUGAGGGAGAUACUUGUCAGCGAUGAUAUGAUUGAAAUGCUAUCAGAGGCUGGAUACACUGGUGUACCACAUAAAGAGACAGUGCAUACUGUUUCCAAAAUUGCUCAGUCAAUUUGCGUAAUGGGCCACUUUUCAUCAGUUCUUCCUCAAAUUAUGCAAUUGCUUGAAGGCCUCAGCAGUUGUGGUCUUAUAAAUUAUAUGAUAGAAAAUCCAGAGUUGUGGAAGCCAUUGUUCGAUCCUUAUAACGAUUCGUUUAAACUUUCUGCUGAUACUUUCCUCAAUGAAAUUAUUCCAACAUUCAGCAGUUCGCAGAUUCACAAGGAAAAGGAGGUUGACGUGUACAAGAUAUUUUGCGACUAUGUGCAAACCCUAGAUACUGAAGAUUAUUGAUGAUCCGACUUCACCUGAAGGUGUUCAGCAAGAA